GACAGUCUUUCAUUACUGAACAAACCCUUUAGACGACUGUAAAUCCGUUACAAGAGAUGGCAGAAACCGCCCCAGCAGCUCCAGCCGCCCCGCCGGCCAAAGCGCCCAAGAAGAAGUCCGCUGCUAAAGCCAAGAAAGCAGGUCCAGCUGUCGGUGAUCUGAUCGUUAAAGCCGUGUCCGCAUCGAAGGAGAGGAGCGGUGUGUCUCUCGCCGCCCUGAAGAAAGCUCUCGCUGCCGGCGGCUACGACGUGGAGAAAGAAGAACUCCCGCAUCAAGCUCGCAUCAAGAGCCUGGUGACUAAAGGAGCCCUGGUGCAGGUCAAAGGAACCGGUGCCUCCGGCUCCUUCAAGAUCAACAAGCAGCAAACCGAGACCAAGAAGAAGCCGGCGAAGAAAGCAGCUCCUAAAGCGAAGAAGCCCGCGGCCAAGAAACCCGCUGCUGCCAAGAAGCCCAAGAGCGCAGCGGCAAAGAAGCCCGCCGCUAAGAAAUCCCCCAAGAAGGCCAAGAAACCCGCCGCUGCAGCCGCUAAGAAGACCACGAAGAGCCCCAAGAAGACAAAGAAGCCCGCAGCGCCUAAGAAAGCAGCCAAGAGCCCCAAAAAGGCCAAGACUGUCAAACCCAAGACAGCAAAGCCUAAAGCUGCCAAGCCUAAAAAGGCAGCUCCCAAGAAGUAAAAAACAACUGUUUUAUUCCCCAACGGCUCUUUUCAGAGCCACCCACAAACUCUAAACAAAGACCAAAACUCUAUUAGCCUGCACUUACAGUAUUUUUUAAGGUGAAUUAUUAGAACUGUGUAUCUGAGGUUACCUUGAGUCACAAUGCUUUACAUAUUGGCUACAUUUAGAAAAGCUACAAAGAUGUUGUAAUGUUUGAAAUACUUUAAUACACCGUCACAAUUUCUUAAUUGUUUUCUGUCGUGUUGUUGCUUAAAGUUGCACAAUCCGCGCGCCAGCUGUGGAGGCGUGGCUUCGGCGGUGAGUGGUGGAGGGAAGUUCAGCGAUUGGUUUGAAAUCUUACAGACUCUAAACUAAUGGGCGACUCGCACGCUCUUUUAAAUACAGUAGAGCGGGGCUCACAUAGUCAUUAUUUCUGCAUUACAAAAUCGAAGUAUUUACAGCCAACAAUGAGCGGAAGAGGCAAAACCGGUGGCAAAGCGAGAGCGAAGGCAAAGACUCGCUCCUCCAGAGCAGGGCUGCAGUUCCCCGUCGGUCGUGUUCACAGACUUCUCCGCAAAGGGAACUACGCAGAGCGCGUCGGUGCCGGAGCUCCCGUCUAUCUGGCGGCUGUGCUCGAGUAUCUGACCGCUGAGAUCCUGGAGUUGGCUGGAAACGCCGCAAGAGACAACAAAAAGACCCGCAUCAUUCCCCGUCACCUGCAGCUGGCGGUGCGCAACGAUGAGGAGCUCAACAAACUCCUGGGCCGAGUGACCAUCGCUCAGGGCGGCGUGCUGCCCAACAUCCAGGCCGUGCUGCUGCCCAAGAAGACCGAGAAACCCGCCAAAACCAAGUAAACAGAUCCAAGCGUGUUUCUGAAACACAAAGGCUCUUUUCAGAGCCAC